AUCUUAAUUUCAGGGCAUAAUUAUAGGAAGUGCGGGCUAAUGGUCACCCCACCCCUAUAGGCUACAGGCUACAACAAACAGAUCUUGCAGCUAACAGAAGCUUCUCUUUACUGUCUUUUUCUCUCUAGAGAAUUAUUUGUGGAGCAAAAUUCGGAGAUGAAUUUGGGAAAAGAAAAUACUAAUUUAAGAGAUACCUUCAAAACAUUACCAUGAGAGCAGCAGGUCUAAGCAUCUUCUUCAUAUUAUCACUGCUUUCAUCUUUUACUUGUCAAUUUCAAGAUUUGGUUGUCAAGGAAAAAACCAGGAGGAUUCUGCAUCAACCACUCUUUCCAGUAAGUUCAACACCGCCGCCGGAUUCUGAAAUAUCGCCGCCGCCACCGGCAGAGCCAGUCAACUCUCAGCCUUUUUUUCCAGAAGUCCCUACUGGGACUACACCAGAUCAGACACAUCAACCUCCAGUAACUCCAGCUAAUGGAACUCCAGUGUCAAACUCAGUUGCCACACAACCAGCAAAGCCAGUCAAGAAAGUGGCAAUUGCAAUAUCAGUUGGAAUUGUUACCUUGGGAAUGUUAUCUGCUUUGGCAUUCUACCUUUACAAGCACCGUGUUAAGCACCCAGAUGAAACUCAAAAGCUUGUAAGAGGAAAUUCUGAUCAGAGGAUCAAUGAGGAAUCAAGAACGCCGCCUUCGACUUUCCUUUACAUUGGGACAGUUGAGCCACCUGCUAAGACAUCAGCUGUGACUGAGUCCAAUGGUGCUACUGGCUCACCUUAUCGAAAGUUGAGCUCUGUGAAAAGAAUGGAUACCAGGUAUAGGCCAAGUCCUGACCUUCAACCCCUUCCACCAUUGAGCAAACCCCAACCCCCUCCAAGCAUUAAUUCACCUACUGCAAUGUCAUCAUCCGAUGAGGAGAGUCAUGACACUGCAUUUCACACUCCACAAGGCUCCACUGUCAGCAAUGAAGAAGGUUAUUACACUCCCAGUUUACGUGAGAGUUACUCAAGCAACAAGAAUUAUGUUCCUUAUUCAAAGAGAACUUCUCCAAGAUCACGCCUUUCUGAUUCAUCCCCUGAAGUAAAACAUUCUAUAAUACCAUCCAUUAAGCAAGCUCCAGCUCCCCCACUUCCUCCGCGGCAACCACAAGGGGGUUUGAUAGAGCAACUUCCACCUGAGCCUCCCUUGCAAUAUACUAGGCCAGAACUGCCAUAUGUGACAAAAAGGGCCAAGUUUUCAUCACCACCUCCUCCACCAGAUAUGACAAGGCUUCAAUUGAUAAGCAACCAAGCCCAACAAAUAUUAAAAACAACACCACCACCACCACCACCACCUCCACCACCCCCACUUCCACUCUCAACACCCCACAAACCGGAAGGAUCACAAAGGAAUGUUCCUUCAGCAGCUUACCAGCAAAUGGUCAAGACAGAAUCAAGGAGUCCCACUCCAAAAUCAACACCAGGGAGUGAGAAGACAAGUACUUCUGAAGAACAAAGCGGAGGUGCCAGUUCUUUAGAAAGACAUGAUUCUAGCGAUACAGAUCCAUCCAAGCCUAAGUUGAAGCCUUUGCACUGGGACAAAGUGCGAGCAACCUCUGAUCGAGCCACAGUGUGGGAUCAAUUAAAGUCGAGUUCCUUCCAAUUGAAUGAGGACAUGAUGGAAUCACUUUUUGGAUGUAAUUCAGCAAAUUCUGUACCAAAAGAAGCAACAAGGAAAUCAGUCCUUCCUCCUGCUGAGAAGGAUAAUAAGGUACUUGACCCCAAGAAGUCGCAGAACAUUGCCAUAAUGUUACGAGCACUGAAUGUGACUAAGGACGAGGUUACUGAAGCCCUUCUAAAUGGAAAUCCAGAAGGACUAGGGCCUGAGCUUCUGGAGACUUUGGUCAAGAUGGCUCCUACAAAAGAAGAAGAGAUAAAACUAAGAGAGUACAGUGAAGAUGCCUCAAAGUUAGGCUCUGCAGAACGAUUCCUUAAGACAGUGCUUGAUUUACCAUUUGCCUUCAAAAGAGUAGAAGUCAUGCUUUACAGAGCAAAUUUUGAUGGCGAAGUAAAAGAUUUGAGGAAAUCCUUCCAAACCCUCGAGGUAGCCAGUGAAGAAUUGAAGAAUAGUAGACUAUUCCUCAAACUCCUUGAAGCUGUUCUAAGGACAGGAAACCGCAUGAACGUUGGAACUAAUCGUGGUGAUGCCAGAGCUUUCAAACUUGACACUCUUUUGAAAUUAGUAGAUAUAAAAGGAACAGAUGGGAAGACGACCUUGCUUCACUUUGUGGUCCAGGAGAUUAUCAGGUCAGAAGAGCUGGAUUCUGAACCCCCAGGCGAAGAUCUUUCUAAUAAAGCAAACAUCAAAUUCAAAGAGGAGGAUUUCAAGAAACAAGGUUUGCAGGUUGUUUCUGGAUUAAGCAGAGAACUUGGCAAUGUCAAAAAAGCAGCAGCAAUGGACUCAGAUGUCCUGGGGAGCUAUGUCUUGAAGCUUGCAGUGGGACUUGAUAAAGCAAGAUCAGUUUUGCAAUAUGAAAAGCAAGGUAUGCAAGGUAACUUUUUUGAAUCGAUGAAAGUAUUCCUCAAGGAGGCAGAAGAUGGAAUAGUGAGGAUAAGGGCAGAAGAAAGAAAGGCCUUAUCCAUGGUCAAACAGGUAACAGAAUAUUUUCAUGGUGAUGCUGCAAAAGAGGAAGCUCAUCCUCUCAGAAUAUUCGUGAUCGUGCGAGACUUCCUCUCCAUAUUGGAUAAUGUAUGCAAAGAUGUUAGGCGAAUGCAGGAUCAAACAGUGGUAGGUGGUGCAAGAUCAUUCAGAAUAGCUGCUACUGCAUCACUACCAGUCUUAAGCAGAUACAAUGUGAAACAAAAAAGGAGUUGGGAUGAUAAUAGCUUAUCACCAUGAGAUUUAGGUGAAAAUAAUUGAAUAUCAUUAAUGUACCAGCACAAAUGGAGCAUGGAGAUGAGGAAAGCAACACCAGAUUGAAUCAGUCUCACAUCUUCAAGAAGACAAUAACAUUUUGGUGCUAGCAGGCAAAAAUAGCUCCCAGAUCCAUGAACAAGACGCAAUAAGUGAAGGAACAGUACAGAGAGUAGGCAGUGUAUACAUCAAACCUUCACAAAGAUACAAAUAUUAGACAGCAACAUUCUAGGAUUCCAUCAAAUGGGACUAGUUAUUCAUAAUGAACCUUCAAUGCAAAUGAAUCGAUAUGAGGUAAAGGGAUUAUUCCUCUUUUUUCUUUUGAGACGGAUAUCGACCUAGACACAGUCCUGUUCAUUUAUAAACAUAGUGAAGAGACAUAAAAGCUCAAUGCCGAGGAACAUGAUAGUCUGAUCUCAGUUUUGUUAGUAUCAUGCUGUAAUACAAAGAAAUUGUUCCUCUUACUCUAUAGAAUAAACAUUCUUUACAUA